GUCCCCCGGCCGAGCCCCGGAAGGGGUCAGUCGCGCUUCCGUCUCCGCCUGGGAUGCACGGAGGGCGGAGCCGAGGCCCGAGGACGCAACGCGAGCCCAGUUCCGGCGAGGAGGCCGCGCCAGUGACAGCGAUGGCGGCGGAGUCGGCGCUCCAAGUUGUGGAGAAGCUGCAGGCGCGCCUGGCCGCGAACCCAGACCCCAAGAAGCUCUUGAAAUAUUUGAAGAAACUCUCCACUUUGCCUAUUACAGUAGACAUUCUUGCGGAGACUGGGGUCGGGAAAACAGUCAAUAGCUUGCGAAAACAUGAGCAUGUGGGAAGCUUUGCCCGGGAUUUAGUGGCCCAGUGGAAGAAGUUGGUUCCUGUUGAACGGAGCACUGAGCCUGAAGAACAGGACUUUGAGAAGAGUACUUCCCGAAAGCGCCCCAGGGAUGUCCUUCAGAAGGAGGAGGGGAUGGACGUAGACUACCAAGAAAACUGGAAAGCCUCUGGCAGCCGGUCCUACAGCCCUGACCACAGACAGAAAAAACACAGAAAACUCUUAGAACUUGAGAGACCUCACAAAGUCUCUCACAGUCACGAAAGGCAAGACGAGAGAAAGAGGGGCCACAGAAUCUCACCAGCGUAUUCUUCAGACCCCGAAUCUUCCGAUUAUGGUCAUGUUCAGUCCCCUCCAUCUUCUGCCAGUCCUCAUCAGGUGUGUGUGGACCACUGCAGAUCCCCGGAGGAGGACCACGAGCCCGUUGUUCUACAUCAGAAGCCUGGGAAAGGCCACAGUAAUGCCUUUCAGGACAGACUGGUGGUCAGUCAAGAACAACACCUGGGUGAACUGCAGAGUAAAGGGGUAGUGAGUCAAAGCAAGGAGCACAAAUCUUCUCACAAAGAAAAACGCCUGGCGGAUGCCAAGGGAGAUGAGAAGUCCUCUGCUCUGAGCAGAGAGAAAUCACACAAAGCCAUUUCCAGAGAGGAAAACCGAAGGCCACACUCUGGCGACAGCACAAAAGAGAAACCACCCUCUAGUGGUGCCAAGAAAGAGAAGGAGAGAGAGGGCAGCAGCAUCAAGAAGAAGUUUUUACCCCCUUUGGAGGUUGCUUCAGACAACCACCUUAAGAAGCCAAAGCACAAGGACUCCGAGAAAACCAAGUCUGACAAAAAUAAGCCAAGCUUAGACAGCUUAGACAUAGGCAAGGGGGCAGGAGAUCUGUUGCCCAAGGUGAAAGAGAAGGUUUCCAACAACGUCAAGACUCAAGAAGGGAAACUAAAAACUUCCCAUCUGGACAGAAAGUCAGUGAGCUCCCUCCCUAAAGUGGAGGAGGCCGAUGUGGAUGAUGAAUUCGAGCAGCCCACCAUGUCUUUUGAGUCAUACCUCAGCUAUGACCAGCCCCGGAAGAAAAAGAAAAAGACUGUGAAAACUUCAGCCACUGCACUUGGAGAAAAAGGACUUAAAAAAAGUGAUUCUAAAAGCGCUAGUAAAAACUUGGACUCAGUUCAGAAAUUACCUAAGGUGAACGAAAACAAAUCAGAGAAGUUGCAGCCAUCUGGAGCUGACUCAGCCAAGCUGAAAAAGGUCCCCACCGAUGCAGUGCCAGUGUUGCCAGACCUCCCAUUACCCAUGAUACAGGCCAAUUACCGUCCACUUCCUUCCCUUGAAUUUAUGUCUACCUUGCAACCAAAGCGAAAAGCACUCUCCUCACCCCAGGAAGAGGAAGAAGCUGGAUUUACUGGACGCAGAAUGAAUUCUAAGAUGCAGGUGUAUUCUGGUUCCAAGUGUGCCUAUCUCCCUAAAAUGAUGACCUUGCACCAGCAGUGCAUUCGAGUACUGAAAAACAACAUCGAUUCAAUCUUCGAAGUGGGAGGAGUCCCGUAUUCUGUACUUGAACCUGUUUUAGAGAGGUGUACGCCUGAGCAGCUCUAUCGCAUUGAGGAAUACAAUCACGUAUUAAUUGAAGAAACAGAUCAAUUAUGGAAAAUUCAUUGUCAUCGAGACUUUAAGGAAGAAAGGCCAGAAGAGUAUGAGUCAUGGCGGGAGAUGUACCUGAGGCUUCAGGAUGCCCGAGAGCAGCGGUUAAGAUUACUGACAAAGAACAUCCGGUCUGCACAUGCCAAUAAACCCAAAGGCCGGCAAGCAAAGAUGGCCUUUGUCAACUCUGUGGCCAAGCCACCUCGUGAUGUCCGAAGGAGGCAGGAGAAGUUUGGAACUGGAGGACCAGCUGUCAUUGACAGAGUCAAGAUCAAGCCAGCCCAGGACCUCACAGGAGGCAGCCACGCUUCCUUCAGUGGUGGCAGCAGCAACAGCUUCCACCCCUCCACUGAGGAACCGGCCUACGAUGGCCCGAGCACCAGCAGUGCCCACCUGGCGCCAGUAGUCAGCAGUUCCGUUUCCUACGAUCCUAGGAAACCAGCUGUGAAGAAAAUCGCCCCGAUGAUGGCCAAGACAAUUAAAGCUUUCAAGAACCGGUUCUCCCGACGAUGAACUGAAAAAUUCCUGAGAGACGGAAUUUGGGGGGUAGGAAUACAAGGGCAGUAGGGGCUGGGGAGUGGAACUUCCCAAGGAGACCCGAAUCUUUUGUUCUGUGGAACCCUUUGGUCUCAGAUCCUGCAGUUUUCAGGUGUUGCACCUGUGAACCUGCAUGCCACAGCCACUGCCUCCCUGCCUGGAGGACACUUCAGAAUUCUGAAGAAGAUGGGAAACCUCGCUCUCACUGAGGAUUUUAAGGUCAAUUAUACUUUUGUUGUUAACUAGCCUCUUUGUAAAGAAUAAGACAUAGUUUUAAUUAAUAAAUAUGGUUCCCCAGAUUGUAUUUAUAUUA